AUGGAUUCUGAAAAUAUUGGAUAUAAUGAUAAACAAACAAAAUAUACAAGUAAUGAUUACGGCCAUAAUGAGCAAAAUGAAACCUUAUUAAUGCAAGAAGCAGAAAUUGUUUUAAUAACGACAUCACUUGGAGGAAUAAAAGCAUCAUUUUUUUCAUCUUUAAGAGCACAAAAUUUAUUAAAUUGUAAAAAGUAUGUAUAUUUUGUAAUAGAUACCAAUAGAGAUACAAGCACAGCAAAAAACUUAAAAGACACAGAGCUAUUUACUAAAUGGAAGAAAGAUCAAUUAUUACUUACUAAUGAAAAUGGAGUUAUUUUACCUCAAAUUUUAAUAGAUGGAAUUUCAAUAGGAAAUGACGUAGAUUUACAAAAUUUAGAAGAUGAAGGAAAUUUAGAUUUUAUAGUUGCCAGAUUAAAAUGUCCAAAUUGUUUAAUUGAAAAAUUCAAUACUGAUGAAUCUUGCCCUAAUUGUAAAUAUGAUUAUGUUAGUUUAAUUUCAGAUGAUUUAAUUAAAAAUAAUGGCGUAAUUAGAAUAUUACAGGGAGACUUAUAUGAUGAAGAAAAUUUAGAAGAAUAA